AUGUCUUCAUAUCCCCGUGUCACUCGAAAUAUAACUGUUGAGCGUUGUGAAAAAUUUUUGUCAAAGAAUUUUUUUUCUGACAUAAAUUUAUACUCACAGCUAUAUAAAAAAUGCACUGAAUCGAAUGAAUACAUUAAAUUUUCUGUGUAUAAUGUUCCAGACCUCAAACGAAUUACUUUUGAAGAGGCAGUUAAAGCUAAUUACAAACCUGCAAAACGUGGUGAUUCUUUUGGUCCAAGCUGGUCUACUCAUUGGUUUCGUAUCAAUGUUCGAGUACCUGAUGAUUGGAUCGGUGAGGAAGUUCAAUUUUUAUGGGACUCAAGUAGCGAAGGAAUGGUAUGGACUACAGAUGGAACACCACUUCAAGGCCUUACUGGUUGUGAUGAUAAUAAUCGUAGAGUAGAUUAUGUACUUACGCGUAGUUCAAAGGGUGGCGAUAAAUUCGAAUUCUAUAUUGAGGUGGCUUGUAACGGCAUGUUUGGAAAUGGGAUUGGUAGUGAUAUCAAUCCACCUGAUCCAAAUAGAUACUUUACUCUUCGUCAAGUAGAAUUGGCAGUCCCAAAUCAAGAUGCUUGGCAGCUUAUGUAUGACUUCCAAAUUAUCCUCGAUAUGGCAAAAGAAAUUCCUCAUGAUACCAUGAGAUCGGCACAAGCACUCAAUGCUGCUAAUAAAAUAGUUAAUGCUUUUCAGCCAGGUGAUAAUAAUUCUAUCCAAGAGGCGCUUAAAAUUUCCAAUGAAUUUUUGAAACACAAAAACGGUAGUACUCAAUAUACCUUGACCGCUGUUGGGCAUUGUCAUAUUGAUACUGCUUGGUUAUGGCCUUAUGAUGAGACAAAGCGAAAAGUUGCCCGGAGUUGGUCCACACAAGUUGGUUUAAUGGACAUUUAUCCUGAAUAUAAAUUUGUUUGCUCUCAAGCACAACAAUUUGAAUGGUUGAAGGAAUAUUAUCCAAAGCUUUUUAAAAAAGUGCAGGAUAAAUCUGCUAAAGGUCAAUUCUUACCCAUUGGUGGUACAUGGGUCGAAAUGGAUUGUAAUAUUCCUAGUGGUGAAGCAUUUUGUAGGCAAUUUUUAUAUGGACAGCGUUUCUUUGAAAAGAAUUUCGGUCAUAAAUGUGAAGUAUUUUGGCUUCCUGACACUUUUGGUUAUUCUGCACAAUUACCACAAAUUAUCAAGGCUGCAGAUAUGAAAUAUUUUUUUACUCAAAAAUUAUCAUGGAACAAUAUUAACAAGUUUCCUAAUACUACUUUCUUUUGGAUUGGACUGGAUGGUAGUAAGGUUUUGACUCAUAUGUGCCCUUCUGAAACAUAUGUGGCUCAAUGUAAACCAGCCGAACUUAUUUGGAGCGUUAGAAACAAUAGGGAUAAAGAACUUAAUAAUAAUGAAGGUUUGUUAGUCUUUGGUAACGGUGAUGGUGGUGGUGGUCCACUUGCUUCUAUGAUCGAACGAUUACGUCGAAUGAAAGAUGUUUUUUACGAAAGUAUAGAAAAGAAUUCCUCAGAGCUUGUUUCUUGGAAAGGAGAGUUGUACUUUGAACUUCACAGAGGUACUUAUACAUCUCAUGGAAAAAUAAAGCGAUACAAUCGUAAAUCAGAGUUGCUUUUACGAGAUGUUGAAAUGUUAUAUAGUUUCUGUCUUGCUGAGAAAGAAAAUUGUGGUUAUCCGAAAGAGCAAUUGGAUAAAAUGUGGAAAUAUGUGUUAUUGAACCAAUUCCAUGAUGUGUUACCAGGCUCUUCUAUUGGAAUGGUAUACGAUGAUGCUAAUAAGUUUUAUCAAGAAGUUGAAAAUACGGGAACAAAACUUUUAGAAGAUGCUCUUGAUAAGCUUUGUAAAAUAUCAGCCACUGCUUCUAGUUCAAACAAAGGGCUUCUUGUCUUUAAUACACUUGGUUGGCAUAGAACUGAAGUUGUUAAAGUUCCUGUGUGCAAUGGUUUGGAUAUAUUGCCUCAAUAUACAGAAGACAAAACCUCUGGAUAUGUACUUGCCAAAGAUGCGGUUGGAAUAGGAUCUCGAUGUAUUAAUAUUCAAGAUGGGUUGGAUAUGAUUCCAGUUACUGCUUGUAAAAUGGAGGAUGACUGUUAUUGUUUGGAAAAUCAAUUUAUCACGGCAAAAUUCAAUCGGCAUGGUCACUUGUUCAGUUUGGUUGAUCGGGCUCUCAAUCGCGAGAUUAUAUUAUCUGGGCAAUGUGGAAAUCUAUUCAAGAUUUAUGAGGAUAUUCCACUAUUCUGGGAUGCUUGGGAUGUGGAGAUUUAUCAUCUGCAAAAGGGACGUGAUGCCGGCCUUGGAGGAACCGUUAAGAUUGUUGAACAAGGACCACUUCGAUCUGCUUUAUUGUUGGAGACCAAUCUAAGCAAGACUAGUAAAUUGUGUCAAAUGAUAAUUUUGACUGCUACAUCUCCAAGACUCGAUUUUGAAACACGAGUUGAAUGGAACGAAAACAGACAAUUCUUGAAAGUAGAAUUUCCAUUUGAUAUUUACAGUGAUUUUGCCACAUAUGAGACCCAAUUUGGCUUUAUUCAACGUCCCACGCAUUAUAAUACCUCAUGGGACACAGCCAAAUUUGAAGUUUGCGGUCAUAAAUUUGCAGAUCUAUCGGAGUAUGGUUAUGGUAUUGCUUUAUUGAAUGACUGUAAAUAUGGUUAUGCUACUCAUGGAAAUGUUAUGCGUUUAUCUUUGUUGAGGUCCCCAAAGGCACCAGAUGAUUAUUGUGACAUUGGAGUCCACGAAUUCAAAUAUGCACUGCUUCCACAUACUGGAUCCUUCCUAGAAUCGAAUGUUGUUCGUGAAGCGUAUCAAUUUAAUGUACCGUUACUUGUGAGGGCCACUUCCAAGGAAAUCACUCUUUCAUAUGAGCCAAAAUCAUAUUUCACUGUUGAAGGUGCACCGAAUGUAAUUUUGGACACAAUUAAGCGUGCAGAAGACUCAAAUGAAUUAGUUUUACGAUUAUAUGAAGCUUAUGGUGGACACGCCACAGCUAAAUUACAAAGUUCAUUUUUGUUUGAAAAACUUUGUGAAACAAAUAUUUUAGAGGAUAAAGAAAUUAAAACGGAUUAUCAUUCAACCGAAGGACGUGCUUAUCCAUGUGAUAAAUUAACGAACGUGACAUCUUCAAUUCUAUCCAAAACGACGCGUCGAUUAUAUCUUCAACCAUAUCAUCCUAUAUCAAUUCUCCGUAAUCAUAUAGAAUCUCAUUUUGAUAAAUUCCAUUAUUUUAAUUCAUUUAGUCCAAUUGUGACAACAGUUCAGAAUUUUGAUGAACUUGGUUUUCCUGCCGAUCAUCCAGGAAGAAGUACUAGUGAUAGUUAUUACAUUAACAAUUCUAUAAUGCUUCGAACUCAUACCUCUGCCCACCAACGUCAGGCUUUCCAAACUGGCACUGAAAGGUUUUUGAUAAGUGCUGAUGUUUAUCGAAGGGAUGAAAUAGAUACGUGUCAUUAUCCGGUUUUUCAUCAAAUGGAAGGCGCUCAAAUUUUUUCCAUCAAUAAAGCUGUUGAAGAAAUAACUUAUGAUAUGCAAAAAACCGCAUCUCAACAAAAUCAUUUUAUAAAUACUUAUGAUAAAACUGCUAUUAGCUCCACAAAUCCCAUACAACCUUGUCACCCUGUUGAGGCUGCUAACGCAACAAUUUCUCAUCUGAAGUAUUCAUUGAAUGAAUUGGUAAGAAAGUUAUUUAUAGACGAACAAAAUUUACAAGUCAGGUGGGUCGAUGCAUACUUUCCUUUCACUAGCCCUAGUUGGGAGAUGGAAAUAUUCUAUCAAGGAAAAUGGCUUGAAGUGUGCGGGUGUGGUGUUAUAAAUCAAGACAUUUUGAAUAAUGCCGGGCAACCUGAUAAAAUAGGUUGGGCAUUUGGAUUGGGUUUGGAACGCAUAGCAAUGGUGUUAUUUAAUAUACCAGAUAUACGUCUCUUUUGGUCGAAGGAUCCACGAUUUACCAAUCAAUUUAUUUCUAAUGAAAUUAUUAAAUUUAAACCAUUCUCAAAAUAUCCUUCAUGUAUUAAGGAUCUAAGUUUUUGGAUGAAUAAUGACAAGGAGCAUGAAUUUCACAUAACUAAUUUUUGUGAAAUAGUAAGGGAUAUCGCCGAAGACUUAGUUGAAGAUGUAAAAUUGAUCGAUGAUUUUAAGCAUCCUAAAACAAAAAAAAGAAGUUUAUGCUUUAGAAUCAAUUACAGAUCUAUGGAUAGAACUUUUACCAACGAAGAAAUCAACGGAAUUCAGGAUAAAAUAAGAAAGUCGGUCGUUGAAAAAUUGGAUGUUACUUUGCGAUAA